AUGUCGACUCUGAACGAGAUCACCAGCGAGGCCGACUUCUCGGCUCAGCUGAACGCGCUCCCUCCCUCCGCCCUCCUCGUCCUCUACUUCCACACGCCCUGGGCCGCGCCGUGCGCCCAUAUGCGCACCGUGCUGGCCACCCUCGCCUCGCAAUACCCCGUCACCACCCCCGCAGCCAUCGCCUUCCUAAGCAUCAACGCGGAGGAGUUACCAGACAUCUCGGAGGAGUACGACGUCAGCGCCGUGCCGUACACCGUCCUCGCGCGCAACGGGUCCAUCCUCGAGUCCGUGAGCGGCACCGACGCCGCCAAGGUGCGUGACGCCGUCGAGCGACACGCCGGCAGGGCCUCCAAUAAUGCUGCUGCUGCUGCUGCUGCCGCCUCCAUCCCGCCCGCCCUGACGGCCGUUCCGCGCGACAACGCCCCCGCCAUGCCCGCCACUCAGGCGCCCCUGGGUGCCGCCUCGGCUUCGUCGACGACAACCCCGGCAUUGACCCCCGAACAGAACAAGGAGGCUCUGUUUGCUCGUCUGGCGCAGCUCGUCAAGGCCGCCCCCGUCAUGCUCUUCAUGAAGGGCACCCCCAGCGUGCCGCAGUGCGGGUUCAGUCGGCAGCUUGUCGGCAUCCUGCGUGAGAACAGCAUCAAGUACGGCUUCUUCAAUAUCUUGGCCGACGAGGACGUCAGGCAGGGGCUCAAGGAGUUUGCCGACUGGCCCACGUUUCCUCAGUUGUGGGUAAAAGGUGAACUUGUGGGUGGUCUAGACAUUGUCAAGGAAGAACUUGAAAAUGAUCCCAGUUUCAUGGCCGAGUUUUCGGUCAACAGGGCGGCUUAA